AUGGGAGCGCAUCAGACCAUUGCACGUCAUCUAUGGCCCCAACCCCGGCAUGCUAGUAUUAAGCCAGAGCUGCUGAAGGAAGCAAGAGAAUGGUACGAGCGGUUUCAAGAAAGCAGUCUACCCCAAGGAGAAACCUCCUUUUCCCGGUCCAGCGGGCCGGGAGGACAGCAUGUGAACAAGACUGAAACUAAAGCAACAACGAGAUGGUCCGUUACGGCGCUGCUGCGUGUUCUGCCGACCAUCUUGCAUGACGAUAUUCGCAGUUCCAGUUACUUCACCCAAUGGAACGACUCUUUGACAAUGCAUGCCCAAGUCCACCGAAGCCGUGAUGCGAAUGUCACGGAAAACCGCAAAAAGCUUUUCCGAGAGCUCCAAGAACUGGGCAAACAUAGAAUUCCCAAAGAAACCUCUCCAACGGUUCUCAGACAACGCGAAACUCAAGACUCACGUAUCCCCACCCUCAUUCGCAAUGGCCUCCAAGAGAAGAAGCGCAGCUUCUUCGUGGUGGUCGGCGACCGAUCCAAAGAUGCCAUCGUCCACCUAUACUACAUCAUGUCUAGUAUGGAUGUAAGACAAAACAAAUCGGUGCUCUGGGCAUACAAAAACAAACUCCUUGGCUUCACAAGUCACCGAAAGAAACGCGAAAGCAAGAUCAAGAAGGAGAUCAAGCGCGGGAUACGCGAGGCCAAUUCUGAGGACCCUUUCGAGCUUUUCAUCUCCCUCCACGAUAUUCGCUAUGUCUACUAUAAGGAGACCGAAAAGGUUUUGGGUAAUACAUACGGCAUGUGUAUUCUGCAAGAUUUCGAGGCCAUGACACCUAAUAUUCUCGCGCGGACGAUCGAGACGGUCGAGGGUGGUGGUUUGGUGGUGCUCUUGCUCAAGGGCAUGAACAGCUUGAAGCAGCUUUACACCCUUUCUAUGGACGUCCACUCGCGGUACCGGACCGAAGCCCACGACGACGUUGUCGCAAGAUUCAACGAGCGUUUCAUACUCUCCCUUGGGAACUGCGAGUCAUGUCUCGUAAUUGACGAUGAGCUCAACGUCCUCCCGAUCUCGGGCGGAAAGGGGGUGAAGCCAUUACCGCCACCAGACGAAGAUGAACCCAAGAGCGCGUCGGCGCUGGAGCUGGAAAAGAUGAAGGACUCGCUGCAGGACACACAACCGAUAGGCUCUUUGGUCAAGCUUGCUCGCACAACAGAUCAAGCAAAAGCGCUGCUGACCUUUGUGGACGCCAUCGCCGAAAAGACACUCCGAAACACGGUCACCCUGACCGCAGCCCGUGGUCGUGGCAAAUCCGCUGCUAUGGGUGUGGCCAUUGCUGCCGCCAUCGCGUACGGGUACAGCAACAUCUUCAUCACUUCGCCGUCGCCAGAAAACUUGAAGACGCUGUUCGAGUUCGUUUUCAAGGGCUUCGACGCGCUCGACUACAAGGACCAUGCCGAUUACUCCAUCAUCCAAUCCACAAACCCCGAUUUUAACAAGGCUAUCGUUCGGGUCAACAUCCACAGGAACCAUCGGCAGACCAUCCAAUACAUCAGGCCCCAGGACAGCCACGUUCUCGGGCAGGCCGAGCUAGUGGUCAUCGACGAAGCUGCCGCCAUCCCCCUGCCUUUGGUGAAGAAACUUAUGGGCCCCUAUUUGGUGUUUAUGGCGUCCACGAUUAGCGGCUACGAAGGGACGGGGCGGUCAUUAUCGCUCAAGUUGAUCAAGCAACUGCGGGAGCAAUCUGCAACCGGGGUCAGCGCCAACGGUGAGGGGGCGGUCGAGGUGGAUCGGUCGAGUGGGCGAGCGGCCAAGGAGAGCAGCGCGGUUGGCGGGCGGUCGCUCAAGGAGAUUACCCUCGCUGAGCCCAUCCGUUACGCUCCAGGGGACAAGGUGGAGAAGUGGCUCAAUACUCUCUUGUGCCUGGAUGCGACAGUGCCAAAAUCCAAGCUCAGCACGCAGGGCUGCCCGGAUCCAUCGCAGUGCGAAUUGCUGCACGUCAACCGAGACACACUCUUUUCCUUCCACCCCGUUUCAGAGAAGUUCCUGCAGCAAAUGGUGGCACUCUACGUCGCCAGCCACUACAAGAACUCACCCAACGACUUGCAGCUCAUGAGUGAUGCGCCGGCACACGAGCUCUUCGCCCUCACCGGCCCGAUCGUCGAAGGACGUCUGCCGGAGCCUUUAUGUGUGAUCCAAGUCUCGCUGGAAGGCAAGAUCAGCAAGCAGAGCAUCCUGAACAGUCUGAGUAGAGGUCAGCAGCCUGCUGGUGAUUUGAUCCCAUGGCUGGUCAGCCAGCAGUUCCAAGACGACGAGUUCGCUUCCCUGUCGGGCGCUCGCGUUGUCCGCAUCGCCACUAACCCAGAUUACAUGUCGAUGGGGUAUGGCUCGAGGGCACUUCAGUUGCUGGUUGAGUAUUACGAGGGCAAGUUUGCGGAUCUUUCGGAGGAUGGCCGCAGCUCCCUGCAGCGGUCUGUUCCCAAGGCCUCGGAGGCUGGGCUGGCCGGCGCCAGUCUGUUUGAUGAUAUCAAGGUGCGGGAUAUGAAUGAGCUCCCUCCGCUUUUUGCAAAGCUGUCGGAGCGCCGUCCAGAGAAGCUCGACUACGUGGGUGUCAGCUACGGCUUGACCCAACCGUUACAUAAAUUUUGGAAGCGAGCCUCGUUUGCCCCCGUCUACCUGAGACAAACAGCAAACGAACUAACAGGGGAACACACCUGUGUUAUGAUCCGGCCGCUGCAGGAUGGCAAUGACCCAAGCUGGCUCGGCGCCUUCGCUAAUGACUUCCACCGUCGAUUUAUCGCCCUCUUGUCCUAUAAGUUCCGUGACUUUGAGCCCAAGCUAGCUCUGACGAUUGAGGAGUCAGCCAAGUCGGGUGCCCGACUCGACCCAUCCACAACAGCCUCCGAAAUCAACAAAGCUGACCUGGACUCGCUCCUGACACCAUUCGACCAUAAACGCCUCGAGUCGUACGCCAACGGGCUACUGGACUACCAUGUCGUCCUAGACCUCAUGCCCACCAUCGCACAGCUCUACUUCAGUGGACGGCUGAAGGCUGGUCUUCAACUGAGCACGCUGCAGCAAGUGAUCCUUCUUGCGAUUGGAAUGCAGCGCAAGGAGGUGGAUGUCGUUGCGAGCGAGCUAGGCAUUGGGACCUCGCAGCUCUUGGCUGUCUUCAUCAAAGUGAUGCGGAAGAUCACCUCGCACCUCAGCUCGCUGGUCGCGGGGUCGAUCGCAGCGGAGAUGCCAGACCAGAACAAGGUCGGUGUGAGCCGAGAAAACGCCACGGGAUUGCACGACGACGAGGUGGUCAACAGCAAGUUUGCACGCCUGGAGACUAGUUUGGAAGACGAGCUUGAACAAGGGGGUGACGAGGCGUUGAGCCAGCUACGAGCUAAGCAAAGGGAGCUGAUCGACUCGCUUCCCUUAGACCAGUAUGAGGUUGAGGGUGACAACGCCGCGUGGGAAGACGCAGAGAAACGGGUGCAGCAAGCGGCCAAGAGCGGGAAGGAGAAUCCCCUCGUGAGCGUCAAGUCGAAGUCGAAGCGCAAGGCCGAGGAAGCGGACGGGCACGACGAACGGGCGAGUCGCGGUGAAAAAGGGCAUAGCAAGCCCAAGAAGGCCAAGCGGGAGAAGCAGAGGUGA